UGACCCCUCACCAACUGACAGAUGGCCGCGAAACUAUUAAAUAACAAGGAACAGACUUCUUCAAGCGUUGGUACGUUGUAGCAACCCGCUGAAGGUUAGGAACCGGACACAUUGUAGCUAGAAAUUAACCAAGCGUUCAGGCAACAGCGCAGAGAGAGUUCGUCUGCUGUACCACGCUAACCACUCAUAGCCCAGCGAAAGCAUCAAAACAAAUCGGGGCAGUCUUGGAAAUGGCAUCUGCAAAGAGAAAGGGAAUCCUGGAGCGAUUGGAUGCGGGCGAGGUGGUCGUUGGUGACGGCGGCUAUAUCCUUCAGCUUGAACGGAGAGGCUACGUGAAAGGAGGACCCUGGACCCCGGAGGUCGUGGUUGAACACCCCGAGGCAGUAAGGCAACUCCACAGGGAGUUCCUGAGGGCAGGAGCUGACGUCAUGCAGACCCUCACCUUCUACGCUUCAGCUCUAGACAUCGACACCGAUGUUCCCAACAUCACAUGUCAGCAAAUCAACGAGAUGGCGUGUGACAUGGCGCGCGAGGUGGCCAAUGAGAGCGGGGCGUUGGUGUCGGCGGGCGUGUCCCAGACGCCGGUCUACAAGGGCAGCAGCAGCGAGGCCGAGGUCAAGGCCAUCAUCAAGAAGCAGCUGGACGUCUUCCUCAAGAAAGACAUCGACUUCCUCAUGGCAGAGUACUUUGCCAAUGUGGAGGAGGCGGUGUGGGCUGUGGAGGUGCUGGUGACGAGUGGUAAGCCGGUGGCGGCCACCCUCUGCAUGUCACCCGCGGGGGACAAGAAGAAAGUCAGUCCCGCAGAGUGUGCCGUCCGCCUGGCCAAGGCAGGUGCUAAGAUCGUGGGGGUGAACUGCCACGUGGACCCUACUCAGUGCAUCCAGACGGUGCGGCAGAUGAAGUCAGGUCUGGACGCCGCAGGCCUCAAGGCCCACCUCAUGAUCCAGCCCCUCUGCUUCCACUGCCCUGACUGCACCCAUGAAGGGUACCUCAGCCUGCCCGAGGCUCCAUUCGCGUUGGAGUCUCGGGUCCUGAACCGCUGGGACGUGCACAAAUACGCGCGGGAGGCCUACAACGCCGGCAUCCGCUACAUCGGGGGCUGCUGCGGGUUCGAGCCGUACCACAUCCGGGCCAUCGCAGAGGAGCUUUCCCCAGAGAGGGGCUUCCUCCCCCCGGCCUCCCAGAAGCACGGAGCCUGGGGCAGCGCCCUGGACGUCAGUCCAAGACCCUACCUCAUAGCCAGGGCAUGCCGUUCCCACUGGGAGAACCUCAAGCCAGCCUCAGGCAGACCCCUCUGCUCCUCACUGGCUAUUCCUGACGUCUGACCCCCUCUCUCUAUCACACACACGCACACAUGCACGCACGCACGCACACACACACACACACACAGGUCUUCCAUUACAGGGCUAAAGUCUGUCCCUAACAAAGCAAUGCUUUUGCCUUUUGUCAACUGUAAUUUUAUUUCCAACACACUCCCUUUUGCAGGCUCAUGUUUUCUCUAUGUGUAGCAUUCGUGAACAGAAUAUACUAACACACACACACACAAACACACAC